CAUACUAUCCUGUAUUCUAUUUCCUAUGCACCGAUCUGCGCCUACAACUGUAUGGUUAAUAUGCUCGGAUCCCUGUUUUCGUCGCGUGUGAUGGUGACAUCAAGCGCGUGCAGCCGGCUCGUCGCUUCCAGUGACCCUUUAAAAUAAGUUUGGCAGCGAUCCCUCAUUGAGUGCCAAGUCCCAACUACCAGGCCGACGUGCUUGGUCACAGCUCUACCCGUCAUCCAGUUCCGUGCAUGGAAUUGGCUUCACCUCAACUCUUGUCACUUACUUUCAGGUAAGAAGCCGCCUUAUCUGGUGUUUCUUUCCACCGUUAGAUGCAUGUGAGAGCUAAGCCCAAUCUGCGUGGCUCCAAGGUUCAUUGGUAGUCCUGGUCUUUAACCGCCACUCUCUCGAAAAGAUGGCGAAAAACGGUGCUCUAAACCCAUCCUCCACACCUUUCUUCCCUGGUAGCAUGCGAGUCAGUGAAGACGAAGGCCCGAGCGGGUUCGGUUCUGGUGUUCCCACACUAGGUGAGGAGGGAAUGGCAUCUUCUCCAGCUCUUCCACCUCCUGCCGAGAACAAACUUGCACGGUCGUCGCCAAGUCCGGCUCUCGAUCACGGUGGCUUUGUCCGCCAGUCCGACAUGCGCUCCCAGCUAUCGCCCACUCCCGUCGAUUCCUCAUCGGUCUCACAUCGAGUGGAGCAGGAUAGACCGUACUUUUUUCGCACCCGAGACCUAAGCGUGGUUGGAAGUUUGGAGGCUUUACCUGAGGGUGAUGACAUGCCGGGGCCGCUCACGACGGACGACCGUGCACCUACACCGGCAGAUUCCUCACCGUUUUUCUCGGCGCCUGCCUACCAAUCACGGGGUCGCAUCUCAACGACCCCCGUGAACAUCUUGAAGCCUCCCUCACGGUCGUCGUCAUUUAACACGAAUGGUCCUUUCAUGUCGUCAUCUCCGGUGUCUUCGCUAGAUUCUGGAAGCCAUUUCGCCCCCAGCACUGACUUCUCACUCGGACUGGAGGCGCAGCUCAAAAUUUCGCCUCUUAUCCAGGAUCUUAUAGACCGUCUCAUGCGCUGUGAGCUUACGACCCAGGAAGUACAAAGAGAGCUUCGGGACGUGCACCGCAAACUCGAUUUCCUUCCCGAGUUCAAAGAUCCUUUCGCACCAACGGCUACUAGUCAACCCAGUUCUAUGGUGAAUAUACCCAGACCAUCGCUCAGCGCUAAUAUCGCCCCAAACCAAUCCCCGCCUUCGGAUGAUAUCACACAGAUAUCCCAGCGCCUGAACACUUUGACCACCUCCGUUGGUCAAAUUUUGGCUCUCCAGACUCAACAGCACAUACAAAAUACCACCUCGCUCGGACGAGUCACACCGCAUACCCCUGAUAUCCCUGCGAAUCAAGCAUUUCACGCUGGCAUAGGCUCAAAUCCAGCACUACUUGGACAUGGAAUUCCAAACAGAUCAGAUUUACGACCCUCGUCUCGCCCUCCCAACCCUCCCAUACGCACCUGGUCAGCGGGUAACCUCGAUCUUCCUCCGCGAAUGGACAGCAUAACUGCAGUUGGUCGUGUUGAACCUCCGCGUGACAAGCGCCGUUCCGUCACUGGAAGCGUGAUGCGUCGCGAGUCCGUUGGGGUGCGAAAUGAUUGGUCGGGUGGUGGAUCACGCGAGAGUGGACCAUUGAUAUCCAAGUGGGAGCAUCUGAAUCUCGCCCCCGACUUGCUUCUUUCUCUCAGCAAAUUUGGCGUCGGACCACCCAAUAAGAUUCAGCAGCGGGCUCUGCCUUUCCUCUUGCGUGGCGCCGAUAUUAUCGCACAAGCGCCUCCGACGCAGGAGCGAAUAGCCGCAUACGUCAUCCCAGCCAUCCAAGCCGCCUUGGUCAACAGUAUAGGUCGUCCUCCCAACAGAGGGCCACUUGCUGUGAUUGUUUCAACAACUGUGGACCAGGCAACUCAAGCUCAGCGCAUGAUCCGAGAUCUUGGUGGGCCUAUUGGUAUUCGGUCUGCUUUGGGUGUGGGAACGUCGACAAACGCGAACGACCUCUCUCAAGAACUUCGUCUUUUACAACAGAACAUACCCCACAUCAUAUGUGGCACGCCGCAGAAACUCCAUGCGCUCUUCACGUCGUCAGGGGGACUGCCGGGUUCAGAGGUCCGCUUUCUCGUACUUGAUGAGGUGGAUCAGCUCAUCGCGCGCAAUAUGCAUGACUUUGUGUUUAACAUUGUCAAGCUACUUCCACCGCCCAGAUCUCGACCCCUGGGCACUGCUUCUGCUUCAGUUGCCAAUGGUAGUAAUCAGCCUCCCUUCGGCUCUUUUGAUGCCGGUAGUGCAGGCUCUGCCAGCACCGGUCGCAGAUUUUCCGCUGUCACACCUCCUGCCAACGAUCUGGGGACAAGUCCAGUGAUCGAACGCCAGACUGCUCUAUUCUCAAAUACAGUUCCUCAAGAUGUCCUAAAUCUUGCUACUGCUAUCCAGCUGCGAGAGCCUGUCCGUGUGCUGGUUCGCCGGGAUGGCAAUGUUGCAAGUGCAGAUACUAACCAAGGAUCCCGUGGGUUGCGGCAAUUCUACCUUUACCUGGCUUUUACAGCUGGUGGACGGGGCGAUGCAAUUCCGACGGGUGGUGGACAUGGGAUCAUUGGCUCGGGCCGCGGUACAUCUAGCGCUGAAAGUGCCCAAGCUCGCCAAUGGAAACUUGACGCGUUGGCUGACAUUUUUGAUGACGUCGAGAUUGGCCAGGCUAUCGUCCAUGUCAGUGGUGGGAACGCUUUGGAUGCAGUCGUUCAUAAACUGGGGAGCCGCGGAUUGGAAGCAAUUCCACUGCAUGGUGACAUGAAUGCAGGGGCAAAAUUGGCCGCCCUGAACAAGUUCCGAAGCUCCCCGUCGUCGAUUAUGAGGCAGUCCGUUAAGGUAUUGGUAGUGAAUGAUGUCCAAGUCAAAAUACCUGAGGUCUCCCACGUACCUCUCAUCAUCAAUUACGAUCUUCCAAAGGCAGUGGAGGAGUAUGCCCAUCGCGUCGCACCCGCCAUAGCGUCCAACUAUUCUCGCGCAGGUGUCAUCAUCAACUUCGUGACCGCAACCGGAGGAGACGUCGAGAUGCUCCGUUCGAUCGAGUGUUUCUACAAGUAA